AUGGACCAUCCUGUUCGACCUGAGAGCUGGUACCAAGACCAUGUGAUACUAUUGAUUGGAGGAACCGGUACACUAGGAGGGUGUCUCCUCUACAAGCUGUCUGUAAUACUGCCUACCAAGAAGAUCAUUGUUCUUUGUCGCAAGAGCGUCCAGCACGCGGUCGACAAGAUCGAGCAAUCCAUGCCCGAGCAGUCCGGCCCAAUUCUCGACAGUCAGAGGGUUGAAUUCAUUGUAGGAGAUACCAGCAGAGCAGACCUGGGUCUUCGUUCAGGGGAACUGAAACGGUUGCGAGAAGAGGUGACCGUGGUCAUUCAUUGCGCGGCGAAUGUUUCGUUACAACAGGAGCUGCGGGCAUCAGUUGCUCAGCACUGCGUCUCCCACAUCCUAUUCCUUGACCUUUUAGCCGGGUUUCAUCGACUGCAGGCUCUUCUUUACCUAUCUACUGCCUAUGCCAACAGCUUUCUACCUGCGGGCCGAACUUGCGAAACCGUUUACGAGAUUCCUGACUGCGACCCCCCUCUGCAAGACCGACUCACGCUUGAGCGCAAGGCACAGUAUGUCGUUCUCAUUGUACGCCCAUCCCAGAUCGGCCCGGCAAUCGCCCAGCCAUUCCCAUACUACGGGUUCAACAUGACCAUCCCAAUGCAUUCCUAUUUCAAAUAUCUGCUUGGCAGCACAGAGCACAGCAUAAAACGAGUCAUCACUCAGACUGAGAAUAUUCGUGAUGUCUGUGACGAGGUUCCUGUAGAUCUGGUCGCUAAUAUAUGCCUGCUGCACCUCGCUCUCGGGACCCAAGGGAUUGUGCAUGCGGCAUCGGCGCUUUAUGUCUCAUACACCUCAGCCGACAUCGUAGACUUGUUUAGAACUUAUGUUCCCCCGGCGUCCCGGAUGGCAAUCUGCAACUACGCGAGUGAGCGAGCAUCGGCCCAUGCGGAGUUCUUCUUCCGUAUGCUCACAACGCUUGCCCGGAAUUGGACCUAUGACUGCAGUCGCUCAGAAGGAUUGCGAAACCUACAUGGCCCAUUGCGCUUGGGGUUAGAAAAGCAUGACCCGGACAGGUUCGUGCAGGUUCGGAUUCAACGGGUGGCUCAGCAAUGGCUCGAGACCCUGAAGAGUUCACAGGGUCUGGGGACAGCUUAG